GUAACAUCUCAAAAUUUCUUCAUCAUCAAAUUUCCAUCAACUAGUCCUUUUUCUUUAAAAACUUUCCAUCAACUUCUCAUAGUAAACAAUGGCAUUUCGUUUGCCUUUGAUAAUGCAAGCUAAGAAGCAUAUCCUCUUCCGCACGCUUUCAAAAGGUAAAAAAGUGUUGUCAGGUAACAGUAAUAUACCAAAAGGUUAUUUAGCAGUUUAUGUAGGAGAAGAGAAAAAGAAGAGAUUUGUGGUUCCAAUUUCAUAUUUACAUCAAUCUGCUUUUCAACAAUUUCUUUGUAAAGCGGAAGAAGAGUUCGGAUUUAACCAUCCAAUGGGAGGUCUCACCAUUCCUUGCAGAGAAGAGAUCUUUGUUAAUGUAACUUCUCAAUUGGAAAGUUAAGCACAACAGCAAACUCAAAUUCUUUUCUCCAGUGAUCUUCCAGAAGAGUGCAAAUGAAAAUCGACUCUGCAAUUUCUUAUCAACACAUGAUAUUUGCAUCCAUUUCAUCAAAUGGACUAUGUAGGGCCAAAGAUAAGUAGAAGCCAUUCUGCUUUGUAGCUUGUAGAAAUUAACAUAGGACAUGCAUUAUAUGGAGAUAGUUUCAUGCUUGAAAAGCUUAUCAUUUUGUCUAACAAAAUCGCAUGAUGUCUAGAAUGACUCAGAGAUAUGUUGUACUAUAUUUUGUAUAUUUUGAAACGAGAAAAACAAUGAAUUUGAUUUAACUACUCUUGAAGCUUGUAGGUUUUAUUAUU